AUCCGGCGGGUGGAGGUGGCGACUGGCGCGGUGACCACGCUCGCGGGCAGUGGCGAGUUUUGCGACACGGACGGCGUGGGCGACGCGGCGGAGUUCUGCGGCCCACGUGGCAUCGCCAUCAGCCCAGACGGCGGCGCGCUGUUUGUGGCGGACUUCAGCAACCGCAAGAUCCGGCGGGUGGAGGUGGCGACGGGAGAGGUGACGACGAUCGCGGGCAGUGGCACAGAGGGCAGCGCUGACGGCGGGGGCGACGCGGCGGGGUUCGACUGCCUAGAAGAAGUCGCCAUCAGCGCCGACGGCAGCACGCUGUUGGUCAGUUCGGACGGUGGCCUCCGCCAGGUCUGCGUGGCGGCGCCUCCUCCGCCUCCCUCCUUUGCCCCGAUCGUCGUUCCGCCCUCCACCAUCCUGGCUGACCUCGCAAAGACGCGGGGCGACGCCACCCUCCCAGAGGGGAAAGUCACCUUCCUGCAAGUGCGUCCUCUGCGCCCGGUCUUCCUGACCAUGUUUGGCAUCGGCAUGAAGGAGCGCGACGCCGCCGAGGUCACGGUGUCCCACACCGACCUCGCCAGCUUCACCGCCCUCGUCGACUACCUCCUCACCGACCAGUUCGACCUCGGCGAGGAGGAGGGCAGGGCGCAGCGCGCGCUCGACCUGCGUGAGCUGGCGCAGAUGUACCAGGUGCCGCGCCUCGAGCUGCUAUGCGCGCAGGCGCUGCAGGAGAGCGUCGCGCCGGCGACAGCCGUGCCGCUGCUCGAGGCGGCGCACACGAUGGGCGACGGGCGGCUCCUCGCGCAGUGCCGCCGCUUCGUGGCCGACCACGCCGCCGAGGUGCGGGCGAGCGGCGGCGUGGAGCAGCUGCGCGACUUUGGCGUGGCCAAGGGGCUGCUCGGCGACGCGCUCGACCAGGUGGCGGAGCUGAAGGGCGCGAUGCGCGCGCUCCGCGUCGCGGAGAGCUAA